AUGUCAAACAGUAGUGAAUCUGAAAGUCGUCAUAGAAGAAGAUCAGAAUCAUAUUCAUCUGAUUAUUCACCAAGACCAAGAAGAUCACGUUGGGAUGAAAAACCUACUGUAGUUUCAACAUUAAUUGAUACAAAUGAAAAACCUGAUGCAACACCUGCUUUAAUUUCAAAUGAUAUUGGUAUACAAAAUAAAAUUGAAUCAUUACCAGAUGUAAAACCAGGAGAACGAGCAUUUUUUGAAGAUGCUUUAAUACAACGAGAUGAAUCAGAAUUAUCAAGUGAAGAACGAAAAAAAAUUCAACUUAAAAGAUUAUUAUUAAGAAUUAAAAAUGGAACACCUGCAAUGAGAAAACAAGCAUUACGUCAACUUACUGAAAGAACAAAAGAAUUUGGAGCAGAAGUAUUAUUUGAACAAAUUUUACCAUUACUUAUGUCAAUAACUUUAGAACAACAAGAAAGACAUAUUUUAGUAAAAGUAGUAAAUCGUAUUAUUUUUAAAUUAGAUAGUUUAGUUCGUCCAUUUACUGCAAAAUUAUUAGUUGUUAUAACACCUUUACUUGAUGAUGCAGAUUUUAUUGCUCGUGUAGAAGGAAGAGAAAUUAUAUCAAAUUUGGCUAAAGCUGCUGGUCUUCAAACAAUGAUAGCAGCUAUGAGACCAGAUAUUGAUUCACCUGAAGAAUCAAUUAGAAAUACAACAGCUCGUGCAUUUUCUGUUGUUGCUGCAGCAAUUGGAAUACCAUCAUUACUUCCUUUUUUAAAAGCUGUUUGUGGAUCAAAGAAAAGUUGGUAUGCACGUCAUACAGGAUUAAAAUGUAUUCAACAAAUUGCUAUUUUAAUGGGAUGUUCUGUUCUUCCUCAUUUAUCAGCACUUGUUGCUAUUGUUUUUCCUAGACUUAAUGAUAUUGAAGCUAAUAUAACUAAAUUUGCAGCACUUGCUAUUGCAGCACUUGCAGAAGCAUCAUAUCCAUAUGGUGGAGAUGUUUUAGAACAAACAUUAGAACCAAUUAUUGAAGGAUGUAAACGAAUGAGAGGAAGAUUACUUGCAUCUUAUAUUAAAGCAGCAGGACAAGUGAUAUCAGUUGUUGAUGAAGAAAUAGCAGCGAAAUAUGGAUGGGAAAUUAUUAGAGUUGUUGUAAGAGAAUUUAAAACAUCAGAUGAAGAAAUGAAGAAAAUUGUAUUAAAAGUAAUAAGACAAUGUUUAAAUGUUGAAAUUAUUGGAAAAGAAACAUCAAAAAAUAAUAUUGCAGAAAGAUUUUUUGAAUCAUUUUGGCAUAGAAGAAAUUCAGUUGAUAAAAAAUUAAGUAAAGAAGUUAUUGAAACAGCAUUAUUAUUAUCACAAAAAAUGGGUGCAAAAUAUAUUUUUAGAAAAAAUUGUUGUUUUU